CUUGUCCCUUCAUUCCUCCCCAUCUAGGUUCACUGCCCACGUUGAUGUGUCCUGCCGGUCGGGACAUUUGGCACCCAGUGUGGGGCUCGAGCCUUUGACUGAGGGGGAACGCCAUCCUCCGGGAAGACUUGGCCAAGCGGGAGCUCGUGAUCGCCUCGGCAGACACGACCAAGAGACAGAUCCAGGAGGAGAGUGAGGACGACGCAAGAAAAGGAUGCUUCAACAAAGAAAAAGCACACAUGGAUCCUAAAAAGAAGAAAGAAAUCAUCUUUGGGUAAAACAAGAUGCAGCCAACAAUCUGUGUGAGGAUCCUGCUUAAGGCACUUCUGCGGAACAGGUUUGUACAUGGAGGCCUUGGCCCUCCACCUUCCAACAUCAUGGAGUACCUUUUUGGCCCCCCCUGCGAAUGCAAGGGAGGAUCUUGGACUCAGGCUCCCACUAGUUGGACCCAGACUGCUGACUGCUUGACUAAGGUGGCUUACCUCCGUGCCGAGGUUGACCAUCAGCCUGAAUGGGUAGGUGUUAACAAGCCAAAGAUUAUUCCCCCCAGUACAAGUAAAGCUCUCCAAAAUUGUUCUGCAACUUGCACGCAUACCCAGGCGAUGCAUGUCUCUUGUUAUGCGUCAGCCUCAAUUUGUGUUAACAAGCAGGGAGAACAAUUUUUUGAAGCCACCUUAACUAAAACUCAUGCAGCAGAGGGGACCACUAUUCACUAUACUCCCGUUCUCUUUGACCAGGGAGGAGAAGGCAUAUACACCAAGUUACAGUCAGCUGGAUGCCAAGGCACUGUCGGUAAACCCUCCUGCUGGCCCAUUAAGGCCCCUACAGGGGUCUCUGAUGGUGGAGGACCCACUGAUGCUGUCAAGCAUCUUCAGAUAAUCAAACUUUUAAAACCCCAAAUCCCUGAGCUCACAUAUCAUCCCUUAAUGCUGCCUAAAUCCCAGCUCCUAGAUUUAGAUACCAAUACAUUAGAUAUUUUGGAAACUACCUUCUCCUUGCUUAAUAAUUCCAACCCCACCCUUGCUGGUGAUUGCUGGCUCUGCAUGACAACAGGGGCAAUCAUGCCUAUGGCAGUUCCUAUUAAUUCUAUCAUAGACAAUGAUAAUACAUGCCAACCCGGAUUUCCUUUUAAAGUACAGCCUAUAGGCACUUUUACAUCAUGUCUUUUAGGCACGAUGCAGAAUAAUACCUAUGAUGUUGAUGUUGGAGUUACUUCCUUUGGAAAUUGCUCAACAGUAAAAAAUUAUUCCUCACCCACCCCAUCUCUUUGUCCCCCCAAUGGCACAGUUUUUAUGUGUGAAGGAAACUCUGCCUUCCCCAGGCUUCCAGCGAAUUGGACCGGUGGCUGUGUUCUUGCCUUAUUACUCCCUGAUAUAACUAUUGUCCCAGGAGAUGAACCUCUACCCAUUCCUAGCCUAGACACCUUAGUCAAAAGACACAGGCGGGCAAUACAGGCCUUACCACUCCUUGCCAGCCUUGGAAUAACAGCUGCUGUGGGCACAGGUACCGCUGGCUUAGGCAUGGCUAUACACUCUUACCGUCACCUAUCUCAACAACUUAUAGAUGAUGUACAAACUCUAUCAGGAACCAUUAAAGAUUUACAGGACCAAAUAGACUCCCUGGCAGAAGUGGUCCUUCAAAACAGACGAGGCUUAGAUUUGCUGACAGCUAACCAGGGAGGUAUUUGCUUGGCCUUAGGGGAACGAUGCUGCUUUUAUGCCAAUAAAUCAGGCAUAGUACGGACUAAAAUUAAGCAGCUUCAAGAAGAUUUAGAAAAGAGAUGAAGUGAACUAUUUGAAAAUCCCUUCUGGACUGGGCUUAAUGGAUUUCUACCCUACCUUCUUCCACUAUUAGGCCCUUUGUUGGGUUUACUUUUAAUGGUGUCCAUAGGACCCUGCAUUAUAAACAGGCUGGUACAAUUUAUUAAAGAACAGAUUAAUAUUUUGGCCUCUAAGCCCAUACAGGUUCACUAUCAUAGUCUGGAGAUGGAAGACCACGCUGCCAACAUUUAAAAGGAUGUUCUACCCUUCUCACAGGCUUAUUUCAUAAGUUUACAUCCCCACAG